AAAGUCUAAAACUCAUCUAGGCAUGGUUUCUGAAGAAGCUAUCAGUACAUCCCUUGGUGUCGCAGGAAACAUCACUGCAGUCACACUCUUCUUGUCAACAGUGCCGACAUUUUAUGGUAUAUGGAAACGAAAGAGUGUAGAGCAAUAUUCACCAAUGCCAUAUUUAGCAUCUUUUUUCAAUUGCGGAUUAUGGGUGUUGUAUGGAAUGCCAUUUGUGCACCCGAAUAGCAUGCUUGUGGUCACUACCAAUGGAGCUGGUCUUGCAAUCGAGUUUGUCUUCCUACUAAUAUUUCUUAAAUAUUCAGACUCGAGAAAGAGGUUAAAGGUUGUGUUGAUUUGGUUGCUCGAGAUUAUAGUCUUUGUUGGAUUGACCCUUUUUGUGCUAAUUUUGGUGCACAAGACACAAAAACGAUCAACUAUCGUUGGGAGCUUUGGUGUCGCGGCCAAUAUCCUUAUGUAUGCUUCACCAUUAUCCGUCAUGAAAUUGGUAAUCACGACCAAAAGUGUGGAGUAUAUGCCUUUUCCACUCUCUCUGUUUUGCUUCUUGAAUGGUCUUUGUUGGUUCUUGUAUGCCCUUUUUCCGUUUGAUCCUUUCAUUGCGGUACCAAACGGGAUUGGAGGACUUCUUGGGAUUCUACAACUUAUAUUAUAUGGAACGUUUUAUAAAUCCACGAAGCGAAUGUUGGCAGCAAGAAAAGAAAAGGCAGAAAUGGGCUUAGCAGUUAUGGACUCAUCCAUUAUGAACAAUGGAAAUGUUUCUAAAAUUAACCCUUGAACUAUUGGCCCAUUAAUGUUC